AAGGAAAAUAUGCUUUAGUCAGCGGUGACAGCGAAGUGUCGAUUCCAUGCGAGUUUUCCACCGUGAGGUCUCAAAAGAAUUUUAUCAACAAGAACUGUAAAUGACGCGCGUUCGACUCAAGUGAUCAUUGAAGCAUCUUUUCUUCACCCAGAGAUGAGCGUUUCAGCGGAUAGUAGCCCGCUUACAAGCGAUCCAAACGCAAAUAAUCUGAAGCAAGGCAGUUUGCUGUUAAGCAUUUAUGGCUAUGCUCCUUUCCCUGCUUCUACUUCCCCUGCUUCUGAGUUGAAAAAACAAGCUCUUGGAAGAUCGAACAGUGUUGGAAUUAUUGAGAACAUCCAUACAAAAGCUAUUCAAUCAUCACCCUUGGCCGGCGAAAUACACUACGAUGCGUCCAAACGAAACAGUUGUUUUGAAAUAAGAUCCAACGAGAUGCCAAAGAGAUCUACACCAGGCGAGCGCGAGAGAAAAACGUCCUCUCGUUUAUUCCGCUCGAUGUCUUUGAGCGGACGCAAGCAGACAAAUAAAGAUCAGCCCGCUGGAGACGAUAAGAGGAAUUCGGCCAUUUCUAUAUCAGAUAAUGAAAAAGUCACUGUCCUUAGGGAUCACAAUGCGCAGCUUUUAGACGAGAAAAACAAAGCCGUGAACGAGUGUGAUAAAAUGAACAAGGAUCUGGUGGAUGCUCACGAAAAAUUAAAGGAAGCCGAGCGAGAGAUCGAAAAUUUGAAAGAGUUGUUGAGCACGAAGAUAAAGAAAGAAUUUGAUAACUGCGAGGUGGACGCAAGCGACAAAAUAACUCGAAUGUCGUAUAGUGACCUUGAAUUAGAACCUCUGGAGACAAAGGACAAUGUGAUUUUUCCUUCUAAAGUUGAACACCUCGAGACCACCAUUCAAGCAAGCGCUGUUCCACUUCAGAAGACUUCUUCGUGUAAGGAGUGCGAACGUUUGAAACAGUCUCGGAUCAAAGCUGUGGUGGAGGCCAUCGCUUUGAGGAAGUACGUCAAAAAUCUGAACGACGCUCUUUCUGGUGGUGAUGCGGAUAAACAGAACUUUUUAAACGACGUUCAGAAAAGGCUUAUUUCUGCACAAACUGAGAAAGAGGUCGCUUUGGAAGAACUUGCAACAGUUAUUGAUCAAAGGAAUCAGGCAGUUAGAGAAAAGGACAGAGCACUCGAGGAAUGGGGAAAAGCAACGGGUAAAUGGGAGAAUACGUUGGACCAAUUAGAUUCUCUUGUAAAAGAAAUGAACAAGGUGAAAGCAGAACGCGAUGAUCUUACCAACAAGCUAAAGAGAAAAGAGGAAGCCUUAGAGAGAGUCAAGCAGGAGACAUCUUUGUUAUCUGAGCAGAUCGAAGUCACGAAGCAAGAUUCAAAUGACUCCAUAGAAGAAGAAGAAAAUAUUACCUUCAGGGACAGAUCCGAGAACACACAAUCUGUAAGAAAACUGAGCACUGAACUCACAAAGGCUCAGCAACGAAAUUUUGAAAUGGACGCUAGAGUAACAUCACUAGAGGAGAAGUCAGAGACUUUUAAGAGAGAAAGAGACCAUGCGAAGGAACAGUGGAGGCAGUCUGUGAAGGAACGAAAGAGGUUACAUCGGGAGAUUGCUUGCAUUGUUCAAGCUAGGGACGAAGCAAUACAAAAAUGUUUUUCCACCGCAGAACAAUUAGAAAAACUGAAAGAGGAGUAUAAUCACUUGCUGAACCGGUUAGCAAAAACCGGUUUGAGUGCGAACAACACUAGUGAGCUGUCAAUUCCGUGUUCUCUCAAGGAGUGUAAAUUUUGUGCGGGUGAUUCCGGUGGAGGACUUGAGUCUCCAGAGACGUCAUUCACCGAAAGUGAAGAAAUUCGUCUAACUUUAGAAAAGGAUGAUCCAUUGGACUCUAUCAAAUUGGCCCGAGUUUCCAUGAAUGGAAGAUCUUUUACCGCGAUAAUUGAUGUUGACAAGGGUUUAGGGAGCGCGAGGAACAUAAGAAAAUAUGACGAGAUCGUCUCCAUCAACGAUAUUCCAGUAACAGAGGGUGACCAAAACCUGGUGAGAUCUUUACUGGAUGGAGCUCUUACCACACUCAAUAUGGUUCUCAAGCGGCAAAUUGGGACAUACCAGUUAAGCUUUGACUUGGACCUCAAAGCACCGAAGAAAUCUAAAGUCGGUCUUGGUUUCGAAUGCGGGUUAUAUGUAAAAGAUUUAAAGCAUGGUUUUAUUUCAGAGGAUCAGAACAGUCUGAAAAUUGGAGAUUACGUCAUGAAGGUCAAUGGAAAACACCUUGAUAAGAUAAUCGCUUCCUCGUUGGAAAAGGUUACCAAGAAGUCUGGAGACAAACUGAAGCUUCACGUCACUAGAACGAUCUCAGGAAAACCUAUGGCAUGUGAGUUCAAGCCGACGAGUUAUACUGACUCCGAAUCUGACACUGUCGUACUGAGACGCCUCUCACGCGGUAAUGGCGACAACCGACUGUCACUCAUAUCAAAUGACAGCUCAAUAUCACGUGACUCCAAAUUUUCUUACAACUCAAGCCUUGGCUCCAUGAGCUCAAACAAUGAUUCGUCUCUGGCUGAUUCGAGCUCGGAUCUCUAUGGCAACAGAUUCACUGGGUAUGGCCUCUUUAUGCCCGACCGGCAUCGAACUCCAACGACCAUCUACAGCCCUUCGUCUGACACUCAAUUAGAAACGAUUGUCGCAGAUGAUUGGCCGGACGUAGGGACUGGGAACGAUUCUCAGACUUCCACGGAUGCAAAGGAAAGCGAUUCGCAUAAUCAUAGCACUCUAAAACCCAACAUUCGAUCACCAAUGAACCGAAAGUUUGUUAGCACGUCGCAACUGCAGUCGGGAACGUUUUUGACGCCAAUGGGUGCAGAUGGAACAUUAGUUCGGGCUCAGUCGACCAUCACUGCUGUACGCGUGGACGAUGAUGGGUUGACUUCUAACUUAUCGAAAUCCUCUACAUGUGGAACGAUUGUUCCACUGGGAAGAAGUCCUCGUAUAAUGCGGUUCGAGAAGAAAUCGUUGGAUGGCCUGGGAGUAGAAGUCUCUGGUGGUUACCGUGUAGGUAUUUACGUCAUCGAAUUGCAGGAGAACUCAAUCUGUAAGGCCGUUGGCCUUCAAGUUGGAGAUAGGCUGCUGAAGCUUAACAGUUACGAUCUCACCAGAGCGACCCUGGAUCACGCCACACGGAUUGUUCGUCUUUUACGCACGUGCACGUAUAUCAGAAUCGAGGCUCAACAAGUAUUAAAUUACGAGGAGGUCCUUGGAGACAAACCCUACGAUUCGCUUUAUGUCAGGACAAUUCACCCUUAUAAGGCAAUGGCUCCGGACGAACUAAGUUUUACUGUUGGAGAAACAUUGCACGUGAUAAACACGCGCGCAAAUUACGAUCAGGCGAGACAGAGCUGGAAGUGGGUGGCUCAGCGUGCGAGGAAGGACGGGAAGGUUCUCGAGGAAGGACUGGUGCCCUGCAUGGGAAGUAUUCCAGAACAUGUAGAGUCUGCUGUCCUGACGCAAACUUUUCAGCGGUUUGAAUCUGAGUCAGAGGAACAGAUGAGUGAUGACGCUCCAUCCACGUUGAAGAGAGCGUCAACUGAACGUCGCAGUAUCAUACAGCGAUACCGCAAACUCAUGAAACGCGAGAGUAGAGAUUUACCCAACAACACUGAUGAAAACGGUAAUACAAACAAAGUGACUUUCUACGAAAUCCUUAGCAAGAUUUCAGACUGAUUGUCAGCGAUUUUUGAUCGCCCCAAGAUCAUGAUGGUUACCUUUUUUAACAAAAGUUUCACCAACGGAUGAGCCCAUGACAGACUGUUGAUCUGAAACCAUCAUAGAACAAUCGGCUUAAACGGUGCAGUUCGGCAUAUUCGGUGCAUUGUCCUCGUUCGACAUGGCAUCAACAGUAAGAAGAGAAGAAAGACCGGAAUUGUUUAAGAGCGACAUACAUUUAAUAUUAACUUAUUCGUUAGUUACUAAAACGCGGUACAGGUAAGCGCAUGUUAUUGUUAAUGAACGUUAGUGCAAAAUGCCCAUUUUCAUAUCUUUAUUGUUGUUUCCCUUGGAAAGAACAAUAUCAGCUAGCCAUUGAAAAAACAGUGCGAAAUAUUUAUAACGAUGCUAAGAUCCAUCAUUUCGGGUACUUAGAUUAAGGUAUCAGUAAGAGAGCAAAAAGUUACAAAUGUCCAUUGACAAGAGACAAAUACAAGGUCAAAAGAAAGAGUAGGCUGACGUUCAUCACGGUCUGUUAAGAUUCCUUCUGUCUCACUUUGAAAAUUAGACCCUCUAUUAUGGUGUGAUUACCAAGUAACCAUAACUGAUGAUACUGUAAUCCUCCUGAGUAUUUAAUCAUAAGAUAAGCAUCACAAAAAUACUUUGUGUAAUGGCGUAGGUAAUAUAGAUUAUUUGCAUGUAAUGAAAUUCUGAACUAUUUGUCUUAAGAAAAUCGCUUAGUUAUAUAUUUGAUAAGUAGCACGCCCGUUUGGCCUUGGAAAUUCUGUCAACGUAAGCCAUGAAUUAGGACAGCCAUAGAGGGGAAGAUCACCAAUAAUAUAACUUAUUUAACGAGUGUCACUCUGCAUAUAACAAUCUUGAUAUUCCCAUCUCUCUAUUCCAAAGAUUUCAAUCUCCCUAAACGUGUGGCACGUAUCAGAGAGUUAUGUAAUCCAUAUCGUUAAUAGUACCUUUCCCUUUGCCGAAGAUGGUUACACUUAAAAUGACAAAUCAGAAUAUUUAUAGGAUUUUCAUUGUUUCAAUGCAUAUUUCCUCCUCUUAAUAUAGAUGAUAUGACAAAUGCAUGUUGUCCGACCAUAAUAUAGGUAAUAUAAGAAUUUUUAAUCGAAAUUACAACUUUUCCAUAGAAAAUAUGUUUUCCAUCAGUCAUAUCUCAUUAAGUUUAUAUUUUAGAAGUUUCUUUGAGUAAAUGUCGAAAAGUGAAAAAGAGAAAGUUUUUUAUAAACAAGAAGAUGUAUAGUAAUAAUUUAAGUUCUUCCUCUUAGGUGUAUUUGUUCUUGUUAUCCUUAUUUUACGGGAUACAUAAAAAAUGAGGAUUAUUUUUACAGUUAAGUCACUUCUUGGUGUGUGAUGUUGUAUUGCUAUUGGAGAGAUCGUAAGUAAUUUAUAAAACGAAACAAAACAAACCAAACGAAAAAUAAA